UUCUCUGUGUGCCGGGCCCGCCCGCACUGCGGGGAGAGUCCGGGAGCCGCCCACGCCGCUCCCGGCUCCGCGCUGUCGUCUCCCUGGGUCGCGCGCAGGCGGCGAGGCGGUGCGAGCCGGAAGGGCGGCCAUGGCGCUGCUCACCGGGAGGUAGCGGGACUGGGCCGGGGAAGCGGAGGGACCGCCAUGGCCCGGCGGCGGCGCCGCGCCUGCAUCGCGCUGUUCCUGGUGCUGCUCUUCGCCUUCGGCACUCUCAUGGGCCUGCGCACGCUCAAAGCUCCGGACGGACUACCCGCGCUGGGCCCGGGCCUGGAGCUGGCGCCCUUUGAGCGACGUGCGGAGGGAGCCCCCGCGCCCGCCGCCCGGGCCCCGGCUGCCCCCGCCGCUCCGCCGCCGCCGCUGCCGCCCCGCACCGCAGAGCCCCGCAGUUCUCCCGGGCCGGUCCCCGCGGAGGCCGAGCCCGCCCCCGGGCAGAGUCUGCGCGUCUACUCGGACCUCCACGCCUUCUACUACUCGUGGUACGGGAGCCCGCGGCGCGAGGGCCACUACAUCCACUGGGACCACGUCAUGGUGCCGCACUGGGACCCCAAGAUCUCGGCCAGCUACCCCCGCGGCCGUCACAGUCCCCCAGAUGACCUGGGAUCCAGCUUCUACCCAGAGCUGGGGCCCUACAGCUCCCGGGACCCCGACGUGCUGCGGGAGCACAUGACCCAGCUCAAGGAAGCCGCCAUCGGCGUCUUGGUUCUGUCCUGGUACCCACCUGGUAUGGCUGAUGAUAAUGGGGAACCCUCAGAUGACCUUGUACCUGCUAUUCUGGAUGCAGCCCAUCAGUUUAACAUCCAGGUGGCUUUCCAUAUCCAACCCUACAAGGGCCGGGAUGACAUCACUGUACAUGACAACAUCAAGUACAUCAUUGACACGUAUGGAUCCCAUGGUGCAUUUUACCGCUAUAAGAACAGCAUGGGCAAGAGCCUCCCGCUCUUUUAUAUCUACGACUCAUACCUGACGUCCCCUGAAGCCUGGGCCCACCUCCUGACACCAAAUGGGCCCCACUCAAUCCGCAACACUCCCUAUGAUGGGGUCUUCAUAGCACUGCUGGUGGAGGAAGGCCAUACCCACGACAUCCUUGCUGCAGGAUUCGAUGGCAUGUACACCUACUUUGCCUCCAAUGGUUUCUCCUUCGGGUCCUCCCACCAGAACUGGAAAGCUGUGAAGAACUUUUGUGAUGCCAAUAACCUCAUGUUCAUUCCCAGUGUGGGGCCUGGCUAUAUUGACACCAGCAUUCGGCCCUGGAACAACCACAACACUCGGAACAGGGUCAAUGGCAAGUACUAUGAGACAGCCCUGCAGGCAGCCCUAACUGUGAGGCCUGAGAUCGUCUCCAUCACCUCUUUCAAUGAGUGGCAUGAGGGUACCCAGAUCGAGAAGGCCAUUCCCAAGAAGACACCAACACGCCUGUAUCUGGACUACUUGCCUCAUCAGCCCAGUCUGUACCUGGAGCUGACCCGCCGCUGGGCAGAGCACUUCAUCAAGGAGAAGGAGCAGUGGCUGAUGUGAGGGACCCAUGAACAAGAGCAUGAGGUGCUGGUGUCCAAGCCUCACUGGAAGAUGUGUCCAUGUGGCUCAGCUAAGGCUGUAGGCGCUCACUGGUCCCCAAGUUGGCAGCUGGGUGCUUCUGGGUGGGCCAUGAAGCCAGGGCCCCUGUAGAACAGUCUGUUCCUCAGGCAAGCAAUGCUGGGGUGCUCUGCUGCGGUGGAAAGUGAGGUGCUGUUCCCAAAGGAAGAGUAGAGGCUGGCAUGUGACUGUACUUGGCCCAGGCAGCUCCAUACCCUCAGAACACUUUCAUAUAUCCUCUUCUAGCUUUGAACUCUGCUGCAGGUGGUGGCUGUCUAGUGGAGUCACCUAGUCACUGCUCUUGGAAGGAUUUCAGGGUUUUGAGCUAGCAUGCACUCUGCUCCCAUCUGCCAGCCUGUCCUCUCUUCAGGCUUCCUCCCCACAUUGUCUUCUUGGAAGACAAGCAACCACUUCUGAGACUUUCUAAAAGGGAACUUACAGGAACAGGUUGAAGCUCCUCCCAGUAGAUUCCUGAACCCAAUUACCAGGAAGUCAUCUUGAGCAUUCACACAUUUAUUCAACACCCACAAACUGAGCACCUUACUAUGUGCUAGGUGCUGGGGAAAACUUGAAUGAGGAAUAGCUCCUGUCCUGAAACUUACAGGAGCCAGCUUUUCUUAUUUGGUGUGGCCUUGUAGCUAGUGCUUGGGCACAGUUUUAUGUUUUUCUUUUUGGCAGUUGUACCCAGUGCUGACAGUUCGGUUCUUUUUCCUCAAAGAAAAUACCUCUGUGCUCCAAAGCCUAUUUUUUUUCUGGGAUGAACUUUCAGUUCCAGGCAGAGUACUAGAUACCUUCUCCUUUAGCUGCCUGAACUGAACAAGGUCCACUUGUCAGAGCUGCUUUCAAUGCUACUGUGAUUUGUAUUAAUGAAAUUAUCAAGCAGUAUUUUCAAGUUCACACUCCUUUUGCCCUCAAGACCUGUUUCUGACCUCAGUCAGAUUCUGGACAAACUGACAUACGGGCUGGACUGGCUAGUUUUAGCACAAUGAAGAGUGGGUUUGCUUAAGAAAUUACUAGUUUACCUAAGAUUUCUAGGGGGAAUAGUUAACAAACCAGUGUUUAUUCACAAAUAAACUAAUAUGCUAAUUGCAUUAAAGCAGGACCCUGGAACACCUUCUUGACAAGGUUUUUAGAAUAUACUUGAAAUAAUCUAUGUUGGAAACUCCAAAAGUGAAAGGUUUAUAACACUGAACACAAUUCUGAGAAAUAGAUUACAAGUGCAAAGAGAAGGAAGUGGACCCUAGGUCAUCUCGAAAACAUUUAACUUCAGUUAGAUAACUGGCAUUAAACCUAUCGGACAGGUGAGCAGCUUUGGCCACCUAGCUUGUGACUUAGUUGGGGAAACCAAGAUAGGCAGGGACAUUUGAAAGUGCUGUAGCAAUUUCAUUUCAUACACAUACAAUAUGAAAAACACAGUAGGGCCAGCAGGAAGGGGCAGCCACCCUCACAUA